AUGGACUUCGCCCCCAACUCCGGCGCUCCCAACCGUGGAGCCUGCUAUUCCUGCGGCAACCCUGGACACCAGGCCCGCGACUGUCCUUCCAAAGGCCCGGCUAAGUGCUAUAACUGCGGAGGCGAGGGUCACAUGAGCCGCGAUUGCUCCGAACCCAUGAAAGACAACAAGUCAUGUUACAAAUGCGGCCAAGCCGGUCACAUUUCUCGCGAAUGCCCCUUGGGUGGUGGCGGCGGUGCCGCUGGUGGACAAUCGACGGAGUGCUACAAGUGCGGCGAGAUGGGCCACAUUGCUCGCAACUGCCCCAAGGCCGGCGGAAACUACGGUGGCGGCUCCUACGGUGGCGGCAUGGGUGGCGGCGCUGGCAAGACCUGCUAUUCUUGCGGUGGCUACGGCCACAUGUCGCGAGAGUGUGUCAACGGGAUGAAGUGCUACAACUGCGGAGAGUCUGGUCACUACUCCCGAGACUGCCCCAAGGAAUCCUCUGGAGGCGAGAAGAUCUGCUACAAAUGCCAGCAAGCCGGCCACGUUCAGUCCGCAUGCCCCAACUAA